UGCUGCCGUUACCUCCCUCUCCCCUGCCGCCUCCCCUGUGAUCCCUUCACAAUGCCCUGCCCAAUCAUCACCCCCUGCGCACAUUCCCGAAAGGCGUGCGGUGUGAGAGCUGUAUAAGGGAAGCGUAGCUCACGUAUCACAAAUCACACACAGCUCACACACAGAGAUACACACAUACGAAGAGACAACGCACACACGCAACUUAUUUACACAUAGUGGCACACGCAUACACAGCUCGUACUCAGCUCGCACUCAUACACACAAAGACACACACACGCAACGUAUUUACACAUAGUGGCACACGCAUACACAAAGACGAACAUUCGCAUCUUACGCAUACACCGCGCACGCAGACAGACACACACACACAUACGCAACUCAAUUACACAUAGACAGUCACAGACGCAUGCACAGAGACAAAGAGAGACAUAUACACAAUCAGUUUACGCAUACACAGCGACAUUCACAUACACAGAGACACACAGAUACAUCUGUAGCACACACACACAGACAAAGACCGACACACACACAUAUAUACACAGAUCCCAGGCGCGUACACAGCUCAGGCACAGUUGCACGCAGAUGAAUAACCAUCCACACCUGUACACACACGGUGGUAUUCCAACACGCAGAAAAUCCUUUUUUCUUGUUGCCAACCAGAAACGACUCGCACCGUGAGAUAAUUUGUACUUUUAUAUUGCGCGCGUGCAUUCAUGCGCAUACCCAGAGGCACGCGCGGCACAGAUUAUUAAUCGUUAAUUCAUUUUCCUCGCUGAUAGGAAGGUAGCCUUGUCUCCUCCACGACGGCUUAGGGGGACGCUGUAGACGUACGCUCUCAAUAGCAACGACGAUGGUGACGAUGAAGAUGACCACAACGAUGAUGGUGAUGAUGAUGAUGAUGACAUCCACCACCAUCAAGCCCUCCUCUUCACACCUCCUCGAAGCCUCCUCGACCAACGAGACCUCUGCGGCGACUCCUGUCCCGUCUCUGGGUCCCGUGGGCUACGGACUGCUGGCCGCACUCAUGGGAGUCACCACGGCCGCCUCCGUCACUCUGAACUCCAUCGUGGUGGCCACGACGGUUCGAUACCGAGCCCUGCGGCAGCCCUUGAACUAUGCCCUGCUGAGCCUGGCGUGCGCGGACCUCGGAGUGGCGCUCGGAGGAGGCGUAGCGACCACUGUCACCAACGCAAUGCGAUCCCAGCUGCUGAUGGAGGAUGCGCUCUGCCAGGUGGAGGGGUUCCUGGUGGCAUUUUUCGGCCUCGCAGGUCUCAACUCGAUCUGCGUGCUGGCGGCGGAACGCUUCGUCAUGGUGUGCUGUCCGAUCAGCUCCUUGCGCUUCAGGGGGAGUCACGCGCUGCUGGCCCUGGGGGCCGCCUGGCUCUGGGCCCUCGCCUGGUCCACGCCGCCACUGCUGGGCUGGGGCCGCUACGGCCCGGAGGGGCUGGGCACGUCGUGCGCCCCGGACUGGCCGGAGCGCUCUCCGCUAGGCCGGUCCUACAUCCUCUCCUUCCUGCUCUUCUGCUUCGUGCUGCCGCUCCUCUUCAUCGUCUUCUGCUACGGGAGCCUCCUGCUCAGCCUCCACAGGGCGUCGCGGGUCAAGUACAGCGGAACGCAGCGAGCCGAGCAGCGCGUCGGGGUCAUGGUGCUGCUCAUGAUCGUGGCGUUCCUCUUCUGCUGGCUGCCGUACGCCGCCUGUGCGCUCGUGGUCAUCUUCCAGCCCGGCAUCCAGCUCAGCCCUCUGGCCGCGUCCAUCCCUCUCUACGCAGCCAAGUCGAGCACAGCCUACAAUCCCAUCAUCUACAUCCUCCUCAACCGCCAGUUUCGCGAUCACAUCCACCGCAUGCUGUGCGGCGCACGGAAGCCGCCAAAGCCUCAAGUGGGCACGGAGCCGGAGAGGGCCGCGCACGGGAGGAGGGAGAACGACGCGGUGUCCCAACUCUGACCGCACUCAGCCACGACGCCUGACCUGCCUCCGCUGACUCCGCUCGUGUGUUCGCUCUGGCCAGCUGUGACCCUCGUAUCUCGCUCGCUCCGUGUGCGUUGUUAACGCCUCGCCUUGUUCUGCCACCCAGUGUGUGUGCCGUCAGCUUGUAUAUAGUCAUUCCCUCGUUAUCCGCGACGGGUCCGUUCCGGGGAUGCUCGUGAAUAGCAAAUUUCGCGGAUAAUGAUAUUGAGGUCUGAGACUUUCUCUCUCUCUCUCAUUGGUUUCUCUCAUCACUUUGUCAUCACAUUCUCUCUCAUCACUUUGUUUCUCUCUCUUGAGGCAGUCGUGUAGAGUUCCAGAUGCGAUUCGCGGAUAGCAAGUUCCUGAAUAACGAGGGGCUACUGUAUAUGUCAGCAUGUUAUAGCUGUGAUGUGCGCUUAUAUCCUGAAUAGUGUUUAUAUAUUUAAUACGUUUUAAGCGCUAUAUGAUACAAGUGUGGUGGAUAGUUCAUUGCCUUGACUUCACAGUAAAUAAAUAUCGGUCGGUGUAUUUUCAUUGGUUCAACAAUAUAAAUAACUUAAGUGUAUCUUUGUGCUAAACUGUCACAGCAAUUGUAUUUGGCAUUGAUGAUGAUGAUGAGUUGAUAAGGUAUGGUUCACAGAAGACACGCGAUGUUUUACAAAUUAAACUACCUCAUUGAUA